AGCACUAACUAUGGUCCCAGUGGCAAUUUGGGCAAGAGAAGGUACAGCUAUGGAAACUUUAAUCUCAAGAGUCAAGAUGGUCUGGACUCUGUCUUUGCCGAUGAUGAGAAAACCACCAGUAAGGAGAAUGAGAGUCGUCGAGGGUCAUUGCUUUUGGCACAUAUGGGGAGACGCAUGAGUAUGCAAAAUCAAGGGAUUGCCUCAUCUCAACCUCCCGUGCCCACCUCCGGGUCAGAGGGCAAAGAGUCAAGCAACCCUGGGGAAUGCAAUGGGAAGCCUUCUUUGCUUGGUGGAGAUCCCACUUCUGGGAAUGUCACAUCCUCAGGGGCAACUGAAACAUCUGGAAAAGUAGAUAUGACUUCUGAGGAAGCCAGAAAGAAGAAUGCAGUGGCAGCCCACACCUUGUCUGCAGAGUAUUUUGGUGAACCAUUCCGAGAGAAAAGGGCAGUGAGUGUAGUCAGUAUCAUUACUUCUGUCCUUGAAGAACUCGAAGAGUCUGAGCAGAGGUGCCCCCCUUGCUGGAUCCGCUUUGCUCAGAAGUAUCUCAUUUGGGAAUGCUGUGAGCCCUGGGUGAAGUUCAAGGAUAUGAUAUCAAAUAUUGUGAUGGACCCUUUCACGGAGCUCGGCGUCACCCUCUGCAUUGUGACCAACACACUGUUCAUGUCCAUGGAGCACUACAAUAUGACCCCAUCCUUUUCUUCGAUGCUCCAAGUGGGCAAUAUAUUCUUCACGGUGAUUUUCACUGCUGAGAUGGUGCUGAAGAUCAUCGCCUUCCAUCCCUAUUAUUACUUCCAAAAGAGCUGGAAUAUCUUUGACAGCAUCAUCGUCACCUUGAGCCUGGUGGAGCUGGGUUUGCCCCAAAGAGCGAGCUUAUCGGUGCUGCGGUCCUUCAGACUGCUGAGGGUCUUCAAGCUGGCCAAGUCCUGGCCAACCUUGAACAAUCUCAUCAAGAUCAUUGGCAACUCUGUGGGAGCCUUAGGCAACCUUACCCUGAUCCUGGCCAUCAUCGUCUUCAUCUUCGCUGUGGUUGGAAAGCAGCUAUUUGGAGAUAACUAUGAGAAACUCUGUGAUCGUGACACAGGGCACCUGCCUCGCUGGCACAUGCAUGACUUCUUCCAUUCUUUUCUCAUCGUGUUUCGAAUCCUCUGCGGGGAAUGGAUUGAGACUAUGUGGGACUGCAUGCAGGUGUCUGAGAUAUCCAUGUGCCUCAUCGUCUUCUUAAUGGUGAUGGUUCUGGGGAACCUGGUGGUCCUCAACUUGUUCAUUGCCUUGCUCCUGAAUUCCUUCAGUGCCGACAACCUAGCCUCAGAAGAUGAUGGAGAGCUGAACAAUCUCCAGAUAGCUCUGGCCAGGCUUCAGAAGUUUGUGCACCUCACAGGGCAAGCCAUUCGGGACUUUUGGGGCAGAAAGUUCUGGACUUCCAAAGCCAAAGAGGAGAAGCAGAAGGAGGUGGUGAAAAUGGCCUUCUUGGAAUCAGGGGUCCCAAACCACGUGGCUGCCCAGGCUCUUGCCAGUGUUGGGAGUGUCAAAGAUAACCCAGCUCCCAAUGGGCUGGCCUUGGAGUUGGCCACGUGCCCUGUCAGUGACGCUGGAAACAGCAACAUGGAGAUCACAGUCCCUAUGGCUGUGGCAGAAUCUGAUAUUGAAGAUGAGGAUGAUGAAGAUGAAGAAGAUAGUGGCGGUGAUGAGUCAAACCUGGCAUUAGAAGGGGCUCCUCUAAAACAGGAAGUCCCCCUGCAAGAAGAAGGAAGGCUACACCACCACCUCAUGUCUGAGACUUCUUCUGAAGACUUAGCCUUGUACAUGGACACGCCAUGGAAGGAUACCCAGUCAGGUGUCAGCCCCAGAGAGAAAGAAGAUGAUGUCACAAGUUGCUCGGAAGGCAGCACUGUGGACAUCCCUGAUCCCGAGAUAAUACUAAAGAAAAUUACAGAUCUCAGCGAGAUCUUAGAGGAACCUGAGGAUUGCUUCACAGAGGCCUGCGUUCGGCGCUGUCCCUGCUGCACAAUGGACACAGGAAGGUAUCCCGGAUCUCUCUUCUGGAGCCUGAGAAAGACGUGCUACCAUAUUGUGGAACACACCUGGUUUGAAAGUUUCAUCAUUUUUAUGAUUCUGCUGAGCAGUGGAGCGCUGGCUUUUGAAGAUAUUUACCUGGAGCACAGGGCCCUGCUGAAAGCUAUCCUGGAGUUUUCUGACUUGGUGUUCACCUACAUCUUUGUCCUUGAGAUGCUGCUGAAGUGGGUAGCCUACGGGUUCAAGGCCUACUUCACCAAUGCCUGGUGCUGGCUGGACUUCCUCAUUGUGGAUGUUUCAUUGAUAAGUCUAGUAGCAAAUACACUUGGCUUCUCUGAAAUUGGUCCCAUUAAAUCCCUCCGCACCCUCCGAGCACUGAGGCCCCUGAGAGCACUGUCACGUUUUGAAGGCAUGAGGGUGGUUGUAGAUGCCCUGGUUGGCGCAAUCCCUUCCAUCAUGAAUGUCCUUCUGGUCUGUCUUAUCUUCUGGCUCAUCUUCAGCAUCAUGGGAGUGAAUCUCUUUUCAGGAAAAUUUGGCAGAUGCAUGAACAUUACCCAGGGAGAAUUUUCCCUUGUGAAUGUGUCAAUUGCCAAUAACAAGACCCAAUGUAAUAACUCAGGUCUCUUUUGGGACACUGUGAAAGUCAACUUUAAUAAUGUGGGAAUAGGAUACCUUGCUCUUCUGCAGGUGGCAACAUUUAAAGGGUGGAUGGACAUCAUGUAUGCUGCUGUAGAUUCCCGAAAGCAAGAGGAGCAGCCCCAGUGGGAAGCCAACCUGUACAUGUACCUCUAUUUUGUCAUCUUCAUCAUCUUUGGGGGCUUCUUCACACUGAACCUCUUCGUCGGAGUCAUAAUUGACAAUUUCAAUCAACAAAAGAAAAAGAUAAGUGGUCAAGACAUAUUCAUGACUGAAGAACAGAAGAAAUAUUAUAAUGCCAUGAAAAAACUGGGAUCCAAGAAGCCUCAGAAACCAAUCCCAAGGCCUCUGAACAAAUGUCAAGGCUUUGUAUUUGACAUUGUAACAAAGCAAGCCUUCGACGUGGCCAUCAUGGUCCUCAUCUGCCUUAAUAUGAUUACCAUGAUGGUGGAGACAGAUGACCAAAGUGAGGAGAAGACCAGAAUCCUCAACAGGAUCAACCAGUUCUUCGUUGCUGUCUUCACAGCAGAGUGUGUCCUGAAGAUCUUUGCCCUGAGACAUUACUAUUUCAUCAAUGGGUGGAACAUCUUUGAUUUAAUUGUUGUGGUCCUCUCAAUUGCAAGCGUGGUGUUUUCUGGCAUUAUGAAGUCGCUUGAAAGUUAUUUUUCUCCAACGCUCUUCAGAGUCAUCCGUCUGGCCCGGAUCGGCCGUAUCCUCCGGCUGAUCCGAGCAGCCAAGGGGAUUCGCACCCUGCUCUUUGCCCUCAUGAUGUCCCUCCCCGCCCUCUUCAACAUCGGCCUGCUGCUCUUUCUCGUCAUGUUCAUCUACUCCAUCUUUGGCAUGGCCAACUUUGCCCACGUGAAACGAGAGGCUGGGAUCGAUGACAUGUUUAACUUCCAGACGUUCGCCAACAGCAUGCUCUGCCUCUUCCAGAUCACCACAUCCGCGGGCUGGGACGGGCUCCUCAGCCCCAUUCUCAACACUGGAUGGCCAUACUGUGAACAAGGAAACUCCAGUAAGUUCAGAGGAAACUGUGGAAAUCCCACAAUAGGCAUCACCUUCUUUGUCAGUUACAUCAUCAUCUCCUUCCUCAUUGUGAUCAACAUGUACAUUGCUGUCAUCCUGGAGAACUUCAAUGUGGCCACAGAAGAAAGCACGGAGCCACUGAGUGAGGAUGAUUUUGACAUGUUCUAUGAGACCUGGGAGAAGUUUGACCCGGAGGCCACUCAAUUCAUUACAUUUUCAGCCCUUUCAGAUUUUGCAAAUACUUUGACAGGACCCCUGCGCAUUCCAAAACCCAACCAGAAUAUACUCAUCCAGAUGGACCUGCCUUUGGUCACAGGGGACAAGAUCCACUGUUUAGACAUUCUAUUUGCAUUUACCAAGAGAGUACUGGGGGAAUCUGGGGAGAUGGACACUCUGAAGGCCCAAAUGGAGGAAAAGUUCAUGGCCACUAAUCCUUCUAAAGAGUCCUAUGAACCGAUCGCAACUACUCUGAGAUCAAAACAGGAAAAUCUGUCUGCUGCCAUCAUUCAAAGGGCCUACAGAAAUUAUCUCUUGCAGCAGUCCCUGAGACAGGUCACCACUGUGUAUCUAAACAAUGUUGGUCAACGGGUAUGUGAGAGGGCCACUGAAGAUGAAGGCUUAAUUGAAUUCAUGAUGAAGGAAAACAGUGAGCUUCCAGAUAAGUCAGAAACCGCAUCAGCCUUGUCUUUCCCCCCGUCUUAUGAUAGUGUCACCAGAGGGCUCAGUGAAGAAGGUCAGCUAAGCGUAUCCAAUACCGGUCUACAGGAGGAAGAUGCUAGCUAUGACCAGCUAUCUCAGGACUUGGACAAGGCAUCAUCAGUGUAG